AUGUGGUGUGUCUUCCUGGUGCAGAAGAGCCAGCUGGAAGCGACUGCGCGGCGGAUGGCGGGCGAGGAGCGCAAGGCGCGCUGCCUGCUGUGCCAGCAGCUGGUGCCGUACGCGCUGCAGGACACGACGCCUCUGCUGCGACACCUGGUCGACCAGCACCCCGACCUCAGCGUCGCGCCCUUCGAGAGCCGCUGCCAGGUCGACUCCGGCACAUGGCAGGCAGCCAAGUCAACGAUCCUGCUGGGCAGCGCUGACGAGCAGAUGCAGCAGCGUCAGAAGAGGUACCGCACCACGCGCGCAGUACUGUGCAGCCGAAUGGUGGGUGGGAUGCAGGUGGUUGAUGGCGGCGUUGUUUCAGUGGAGAUGUGGCGGCCGGGCAAGGCGGCGGUGGCGUGUCCGGCGUGCGGCAUGGAGGCGCCUCCCGUGAUACGGCGGGCGCGCACCGACCGCUCCAGGACGCCGCUGGGGGCGCUCUGCGCUGUCGGGUGCUGGCCGUUCUGCCUGCUGCCGCUGCUGAUGCUGUGCGCGGAGGAGGCGCAGCUGUUCUGCGCGCACUGCUCGCGCUACCUGGGCUCCUACGACCCGCGGACAGGAGAGCCCAAGCCGCUGCGCACGACCGCCUUCCCGCGCAGCACCGCUCCCAGCGCCGCCCCCGCCAAACCCGCUGCCGACGGCGGGCACCGCGCGACCGCCGACCAAAGGGCCAAGUCCACCUCGGCGCCCAGCGUCCCCACGCCCCCAGAGGACUAA